GCCUCUCAAGCCCAAAUCUCUCUCUUUCUCUUUAUCUCUCUCUCCCUCCUCGCCGGAGAUCGGCUAGAUUCCCUCCGUCACCACCGUGUCGGACCAGAGAUUUUCCGUCCGCCUUCUCUAGUUCACGACGUAGAGCUUCAAUUUCUCCCUCGCAGCAAGAAGAUGGAAACAGCUUUGGAGGUGUACAAUGAUACUGAAACGAGGUCACCAGAAACACAACCAAUCAAGCGACGCAAGAAGAAGUCGAUGGUCUGGGAACAUUUCACAAUCGAGGCGGUGGAACCGAAUUGCAGAAGGGCUUUUUGCAAAGGAUGUAACCAGAGUUUUGCUUAUAGCAACGGUAACAAAGUAGCUGGUACUAGCCAUCUUAAGCGUCACAUUGCUAAGGGGACAUGUCCUGCACUUAUCCAUACACAAGACAAUGAUACCAACCAGCUCAUGACUACUCCUUACACUCCCAAGAGUGACACCCCGAGAAGGCGUUACCGAACCCAGACCCCUAGUCCUUUUGUUGCGUUUAAUCAGGACAAGUGUCGUCAAGAUAUAGCUAAGAUGAUCAUUAUGCAUGACUACCCUCUUCACAUGGUUCAGCAUCCAGGGUUCAUCUCGUUCGUGCAGAGUAUUCAGCCUCACUUUGAUGCUAUGAGCUUUAACAAUGUUCAAGGAGACUGUGUGGCGACUUACCUUGCAGAAAAGCAGAAUGUCAUGAAGUCUUUAGAAGGGAUUCCUGGACGCUUCUGUCUAACGCUGGACUUCUGGACGUCCAAGCUAACUCUUGGGUAUGUGUUUAUAACUGCUCACUUCAUUGACAGCGAUUGGAAGAUACAAAAGAAGCUUCUCAAUGUUAUGAUGGAAUCGUAUCCAGAAGCUGACGAAGCCUUGAGUCUUGCGGUUGCUAAUUGUGUUUCUGAAUGGGGUCUUGAGGGAAAGUUGUUUUCCGUCACCUUCAACCAUCCGGCGAGUCCCUCUGCGGUUGAAAACAUCAGACCUCAACUCUGCAUCAAGAACCCUGGAAUUCUGGAUGGUCAGUUAGUAAUAGGGAACUGUGUUGCCCGAACAUUUAGUAGCCUCGCUAAAGAUGUCCUGGAGAAAGGAAAAGAUGUGAUCAAGAACAUCCGGGACAGUGUGAAGCACGUGAAAACCUCAGAGUCCCAUGAGGAGAGGUUUAUUGAGCUCAAGGAACAGCUUCAAGUUCCAAGCGAGAAGGUACUUUCUCUUGAUGACCAGACGCAAUGGAACACAACAUAUAAGAUGCUUGUGGCUGCUUCAGAAUUAAAGGAAGUGUUCUCGUGCUUAGACACUGCUGAUCCUGACUACAAGAAACCUCCUUCAGCAGAGGAUUGGAGGCAUGUGGAGGCACUUUGCACAUUCCUGAAGCCUCUUUUUGAAGCAGCCUCCACUCUUCAAUCUACUGGAAACCCAUCUGCUGUUACCUUCUUCCAUGAAGUGUGGAAGACACAGUCAGAUCUGUCUCGGGCAAUAGCUGGAGAGGAUCCUUAUGUCGCAGGUAUUGCUAAAACCAUGAAAGAGAAGGUUGACAAGUACUGGAGAGACUGUAGCUUGGUUUUGGCAAUGGCGGUGGUGAUGGAUCCUCGGUUCAAGAUGAAGCUUGUCGAGUUCAGUUUCUCCAAGAUAUUUGGAGAAGAUGCUGGGAAGAACAUCAAGACCGUGGAUGAUGGGAUCCACGAGCUCUUCAGCGAAUACAUGGCGCUCCCGUCGCCCCUUAAACCGACAUCUGAAGGUGGGAAAGCAGAUGGACUGUCAGAUUUUGAUACGUACAUAAUGGAGACAACGGGGCAGAAUCUGAAAUCAGAGCUUGACCAGUACCUUGAUGAAACGCUGCUUCCCAGGGUUCAGGAGUUUGAUGUUCUUGACUGGUGGAAACAGAACAAACUCAAGUACCCGACAUUGUCAAAGAUGGCUAGAGACAUCCUCUCGAUCCCGGUUUCAGCUGCAGCCUUUGACUAUGUCUUUGACAUGGAGCCAAGGGAAAUGGAUGAGUAUAAGACGUCACUGAGGCCCGAGACAGUGGAGGCUCUGAUUUGUGCGAGGGAAUGGCUUCUGGAGAAUGCUUCUUCUUCUGCAGCUGAGCAAAUGGCAAGUGCUAUCAUCAAAUCUGAAGCAUAGGUGAGACUUUGCUUCAUUAUCUCUAAAUGUUGUAUUGUUGUUGUUUUCUAGAAGUUUAUAUGUCGUCUUUUGUGGUUAGUCUUUAAACCCACCGUGUGAUUUGCAAUUAGGAAUUUGACUCUUUAAGAUAUCUACUGCACAUUUUAAAAUG